AUGAAUAGUUCUAUUCAGGCUUUACAUGCCAUACCUGAGCUGAGAAAACACAUAUCUCAAAUAAAUUGUAAUAAACCGUUACAUUUAAGUUUCAAGAAAUUGUUACAUGAGUUGGACAGUAUGACUGAUGAGACAAGUGAACAACACGACGCUCAGGAGUUUCUUAGAUAUCUCAUCAAUGGAUUACACGACGAGAUUAAUACAGUUCAGACAAAACCUAAGACACAAACAGACAAUCAAAUCAAUAGUAAUAAGGCCUGGAAUUACUAUAACAAAUAUGUGGACAACUCAUAUUUGGUCGACUUAUUUGUUGGUCAGUUCAAGUCAACCGUUAGAUCUAUGGGCGGUUGUUGUGGUAAAGGACAAGAAGAAGCACCUCAGGAACAGCCUCAAGAGGGACAGCCAGCCGAAGGAGAAGCUGCAGCGCAACCGACCGGUUCUCAACAGGGAGAGCAACCACCAGCACAACCAUUGGUUGCCCCUCAAGAAGGACCGCCUGCGGCGCCGUCGAAAUCAGGCUCUAAGGUCGCUCCGUCGGCCACGUCUGCCGCGUCGGCCGCGUCGGCGACUUCGGGUACCGGUGCGGGUUCAGUGUUCAGCAAUACAUCGCCUCAAUCGUCAUCAGCCGGUAAUUCAAUGGGCGGUUCGAAUCUCAACCAAAGGCUCUGCAUUGAAACUGGAUCUGCGACCGGAUCACAAGUGGCUAAUUCCAGUGCUGGUUCAAAGGCCGGAUCGGCUGUCGGCUCUAAAGCAGCUCCGGGAUCAGCCACAGCUGGCUCUAAGACUGGCUCCAAAGUGGGUUCACAAGCGGCACCCGUAGGUUCUGCGACUUCACCUGCUCUCCCACGAAGUGCGUCGGGUUCCAAGACAGGUGCCACUCCUGGUUCAGCUACCGGUGCAGCGGCUAGUGGUUCAAAAACUGGAGCUACUCCCGGUUCAGCUACCGGUGCAGCGGCUAGCGGUUCAAAAACUGGUGCACCGCCUGCGCCUCCCGGUUCGACAACCGCUACUUCGACGGCCGGAUCAAAGACUGGCGCCACCACUCCAUCCAAAUCGGGAUCAAAGACCACUUAA